ACUGGGCGCGAUUGGGAACUGCUUUCUACAAAUCGUCAGAGGACAGGAUGCCUUCGCUGACUCUUAGGGGAGUGACAGUGAAUUUCCCCUUUUCUCCGUAUGAAUCUCAGAAGGCAUACAUGAACAAAGUAAUCGAAUGUCUUCAGGAGAAAGUCAAUGGGGUUCUGGAGAGCCCAACAGGCACAGGUAAGACUUUGUGCCUGCUGUGUGCCACCCUGGCCUGGAGGGAGAACUUCAAGGACACCAUGUCUACCUGUAUGAUGGCAGAGAGGCUGGGCCAGGAGAUGUUUCCAAACACACCUAUGUCUUCCUGGGGGACAGCUGACGGUGACAAACCAUCCUACUACACUGAUGUCCCCAAGAUCAUAUAUGCAACGAGGACACAUUCUCAGCUUACACAGGUUAUUAAUGAGUUAAAGAACACUUCAUACAGCCCAAAGGUGUGUGUGAUGGGCUCAAGAGAGCAGUUGUGUAUUAACCAGGACGUCAUGUGUCAGAAGAGCAACCACGUCAAAGUUCAUAUGUGCAGAGGAAAAGUUUCCACCAGGUCAUGUGUCUACUACAAAAAACUUGAAGAAAAGAGCACUGAUAGAGACUUUGUUAGUUCUAUCCUUGAUGUGGAGGAUUUGGUCCAAUUUGGCAACAAGCAGAGAGUCUGUCCUUACUACCUCUCUCGUUCACUGAAACAAGAAGCAGAUGUCAUUUUUAUGCCAUACAACUACCUGCUAGAUCCAAAGAGCCGUAAGGCACUCAGUAUCGACCUGAAUGGAGCUGUGGUUAUCUUUGACGAGGCUCACAAUGUGGUAUGGAAAGACAUGUGA